GUGCGUCCCCCGUUGGACUGCGAAGGAGAGGAGAGAGAACGAGAGAAGGGGAGAGGGAGACGUGGUGAACUUAUAUUCCGUAGGAUGGUGUGGAGUGGCGACAGUGCAGAUAACACGUGGCUGUCAGUCGUUACUGCUACUGUGUCGGUUUCGCCUGUCGGUGUUGAUCAGUGAUCGGCGGUGGCAGUGGCAGUGCGGCAAAAAACACCGCCCAACUCCGGCUUCGGAUUUUUCGCGCUAUGAAAUACAUUGUGCUAACGUUAGUUCGUGCUUUCCUUAACGAAGGGUAGAGACGAUCUCGUAGGGCCGUGUCAUAGGGCGAGUAUCAUCGCGAGAGCUGUAACAUCGGUGUGUAACAUAUAGUGGUACCGAGUGGCGGAAACGAGGGGAACAUUCUCGGAAAGUGGUGGUCGCGCAGAGAGGGUGGUCGCAGUGCGCUCGUCGCGAAACGUUUUUCGUUUUGACUGCGCAUACGAAUACAAUCAUCGCCCUGACAAUCAUCCGUAAUCGUAUAAUCAUCCGUAAUCCACACCUUGCAGUCGGUGCUUCCGUUUCCCGCGUCAAGUGACAAGCAUGUCCGGCGUUCUCGUCACGCUGCUAAGUCUCACGGCCGGCGCGAUUAUACAGUGCGCCGUACGCCGCGAGAUUAGCCCGUGCACCUGCCUGCAAGAGGAGUUCGCCGAUAACCAGGCGGCGCCGACAAUGGUCGUGCCCACCAAGUUCGCCAACGGGAACAACAAUGCCGGCGGCGGCGGCGGCGGCGGCGGCGGCGGCGGCGGCGGCGGCGGUGGUGGCGGCUACCACGUCGGGGACCAUCGUAUCGAGGUGGUGUGCGAGAAGAUGAAGUCGUUCGACGAACUGGCCCAGGCAUUGAGCGGCAAAUUCACCCCCGAGCAGCAGAUCACUCUGCGGGUGACGCACUCGAAUCUGCGCGACAUAUCGCGCCACGACUUCAAGCAGCUGCAUAUGUCUAUCACCCGACUCGAGCUGACUCACAAUCAUCUUGGGGUCGUGGACGGUGACGUUUUCGCCGGUCUGGGUCGUACGCAGUAUUUGAGUCUCGCGGACAACGAGAUGCCGUCGAUACCGAGGCACGUCUUGUCGCAUCUAUCACUGCUACGGACUUUGGACCUCAACAGGAAUCGAAUAAGCCGCAUCGAUUUGGAUGACUUCAAGUACAAUCCGACACUUCAGCACUUGGCCAUGGCCGGAAACGCGAUCUCUGAGAUGACCCCGGGUUCGCUGCCGCCUCUGGUGAAGCAUUUGCAUGUCGGCAGGAAUCGUCUGAACAGCCUGAAUCAUACUCUAAGAGAUUUGAAUCAACUUGAGUGGUUGCUCAUUAAUUCUAACGAGCUCACGUCACUCGACGGCGAGCUACCGUUGUCGGGCCACAAUCUCAAGAUGCUUUACGCCGUGGAUAACCAGUUGACGCAUCUGCCGGCCGAGUUUCGAUACCUUCACCGUCUGGAGAGUCUCUUCCUCCAGCAGAACAAGAUCCGAAAUCUCGACGGCACUCUGCAGAAAGCCAGGCGCUUAAAGUUCCUGGAGCUCUCAUAUAACGAAUUGCAAGAGCUGAACGCGGACGAUUUCUUAGAGGCCGAGAUGUUGGAGACCCUCGAGCUCGGGCACAACUCCAUCAAGUCUCUCGGCGGCGCGGACGGCGACGGGAACGGGAGUAGCGCCCUUUAUCCCCUCAGAUCGUUGAAGUGCCUGAACCUGACGCACAACGAGCUCCGCGAGUUCUCGCUGGCUUCCUUGCGCAGUCUACGUGAGCUCAAGCUGCUCGAUCUGUCGAACAACCGGAUCGCCAGACUGCACAGAGGAAGGCCGUCCUCCGAGAACUUGGUGGAGGAGGAGGGCGAGGAGAUCGCGGGCAACACCAUCCAGGAUCUGCUUCUUCAGUACAACGAGCUGCGUAGCCUGGACGACUCCCUGUUCCUGGGCAUGAAGGAGCUGCAGAGGCUCAAUCUCAGCCACAACGCGCUGGGCCCCACGAUCGGGCCGCGCGAUCUGCGCGGUCUCGACGGGCUACGUACGCUCGACAUCUCGCACAAUCAGCUCACCACUCUCGAGGAUAUAUCGGAGACGUGGCUACCGUCGCUGGGGGAACUGCACGCGUCGCACAAUCGCCUGGUCACGCUGUCCGGCCGAGAUUUUCGCGGUUUCCCGGUGCUCUGCAAGGCCGACGUCACCAUGAAUCAAAUACGUACUCUCUCGCCGGAGCUGGAGGCCACACAAUGCAAAACUCACGGGGUCCUCGGGGGGAUAGGUAUAGAGCUUGAAGGUAAUCCCAUGCUGUGCGACGCCGGCCUGGCUGACUUGAAGUCGGCGCUUGAGGUAAAGAAAGUGCUUUUGGCCGGGAACGGCAGCGAUUGUCCGACCACGACAACGUCGACGACGGUCGAGCUGACGUCGGCGCUGCCGCCGGCACCGCUGCCGCCGACGCUCCUGCUGGCCGCCGCGGCGGCCGCGUCUGGGGGCAACGUGUCCUUCGCCGCCACCCUUGAGUAA